AUGACCGCGACCGCAGCCCUCCUGCGCGUCCUCUUGCUCCUGCUGGUCUUCGGCCGCAGCACCCAUGGUGCUGUUAACUGCUACCCGGCCUGCCACCCCAUACACGGGUCCUGUGAGGAUGAGAACAUCUGCAGGUGCCAGCCAGGCUGGCAGGGUCCCCUGUGUGACCAUUGCGUGCCCUUCCCUGGCUGCGUCAACGGGAUCUGCUUCGAGCCCUGGCAGUGCGUUUGUGAUGAAGGCUGGGAGGGACACCUUUGCGACAUAGACGUCCGCCCUUGCACCUCGAACCCCUGUGCCAACAAUGCGACCUGCAUGGACCUGGAUACCGGAGGCUACAAAUGCUCUUGUGCCCCGGGGUACAUGGGACCCCACUGCCAAGAGAAGAAGCCUGGGCCCUGCGUGAUCAAUGGUUCCCCUUGCCAGCACGGAGGCACCUGCGUGGACGAUGAGGGCCGGGCCUCCCAUGCCUCCUGCCUGUGCCCCCCUGGCUUCUCAGGCAUCUUCUGCGAGAUUGUGGCCAACAGCUGCACUCCCAACCCGUGCGAGAACGCCGGCGUCUGCACCGACAUCGGGGGCGACUUUCGCUGCCGCUGCCCGGCCGGCUUCAUGGACAAGACCUGCAGCCGCCAGGUGACCAACUGCGCCAGCAACCCGUGCCAGAACGGGGCCACCUGCCUGCAGCAUGCCCAGGUGAGCUACGAGUGUCUCUGCCAGCCCGAAUUCACAGGUCCCACCUGCGCCAAGAAGCGGGUGCUGGGCGCCCAGCAGGUCACCCGCCUGCCCGGUGGCUACGGGCUGCCCUACCGCCUGACCCCCGGCGUGCACGAGCUGCCCAUACUGCAGCCCGAGCACCGUGUCCUGAAGGUGUCCAUGAAGGAGCUCAACAAGAGCUCGCCGCUGCUCACCGAGGGCCAGGCCAUCUGCUUCACCAUCCUGGGCGUGCUCACCAGCCUGGUGGUGCUGGCCACCGUGGGCAUCGUGUUCAUCAACAAGUGCGAGGCCUGGGUGUCCAACCUUCGCUACAACCACAUGCUUCGGAAGAAGAAAGACCUGCUGCUGCAGUACAGCAGCGGGGAAGACCUGGCGGUCAACAUCAUCUUCCCCGAGAAGAUCGACAUGACCACCUUCAACAAGGAGGCAGGCGACGAGGAGAUCUGA